CUGUGUACUGUACAGAUCAGCUGUCAGAGUUUUGUCUCUUCUUCAGCCACCGGCAUCAUUGACACUGACGGGAUGGCACAACAGGAGUGGACAAGUAUCUUCCAGAUGAAAGCAAAUAUUCUUAAACAAGGAGAUUCCUGGCAUCUGCAGUUUGAUGAAAGUAUUGUGCCUGACAGCCCAAACCUGGGAUGGGAGCAGUACAUCAGGAACACAGGUGCAUGGUUUGACUGCAGCUGGUGUAAAAGAGGCUGGCCUUCUAACAAGGUGAUGGUGGUCUUCCACAUGCGCCUGGUAGACAGGCAGGGCGUUGUCAAGGUGAGGCGCUUCCGUCAGAACUGCAAGAUGUGCGACAAAGCUCCAAUGGAGACGCCCAGCAUCUCCACAGAGAACAUCGAUAUCCUCCUGGAGAAUCUGGUGGAGAAGAUAAGAAUGAAAUGCUACCAUGAAGACCUGGGCAGAGGGAACAGGCCUUUUAUAAGCCUGGAGGUCAAAAGUCCCCAUGAGCCUGCUCAUUGUGAGGCCUGCAUUCAAGGCAUCUGUACAAGGAGUUAAGCUUGUGUUGCUUUCAAGUCAGCCUUUCUUUCAUUAAAAACAAAUAAAUCAUAUUUGUCUCAA